GACGUCACGUGACGCGCCGCGUUACGUCACGGCGACGCGAUUUCAAGCGAUUUCACGGUGGCGAUUAGCUUUUUCGUAUCUCGCGACGGUGCCGCGCGUCGGCGGUCACCCUUGUUUCGCGCGCGAAGGGCGAGUCGAGCGGGCCCCGAGCUCGCGACGUCGCGUCGCACGUGCGCGCGAGGGUAACGUCGUCGCGGCCUCGCGCGUCUCGCGUCGCAUCGUUCGCGCGCUCGUCCGACAGAGCGAGCCGAGUCCGCGGCCGCGCGCGAAGAGGUUAGCGCUCGCGAACGCGACGGGUGGCCGAGGUUCGUAUCGGCGUCCGCGGGAAACUCCGGCGGCCGGACGGCGUUCGAGAAAAGGAUCCCGAGUCUUCGUGGGAGACAACGGAGGACGAGGUACCGGGUGACCGAGCGGUUCUCUCGCGGUCCAACGAAACCGAUAUCGCUGGAACUCCCGAUCGGAUCCGCGGCAUUUGGCGGGACAGCGCAUUGUUGGGAAGGAUGGCUCCAAGCGGCGCACUUUUGCUUCAUUCAUCGGCCGAUUCAUUGACGCCGCCGCAAGGGUGCUCCGGCAUUUCGAUCUCAAAGGAUUGGAUAUUGACACACGGCGCCGCACUGGGCUCAAUUAUCGAUAAAUCCUACGCGAUCUCGAACUUCGUCACGAGUAUGGCACCGGGAGAACUCACGGUGGCGCCGGGAGAACUCGCGGGCGAGUUGAAAUUUCGAAUAUACCGCGAUCUAGGGAUCGACGGCGAUCAACGAUCAGGCUCGCUCGAGGAACACCACGGCGUGAUUGCGGCUGCAUGGAGGUGCUCGCUUCUAGAGAAGACCUUCGGCGAGUUUUUCAAAACGUGGAGCUUUCCGAAAUCGUCCGAGUUUCAUCGAUCACUGCGGUCGACUUUCCUGCUCGUCCGCGUCCACGACGAGUCAAUCGCGGCAACGUCAGUCGAACAAGCCCUGUCUUGUCUGCUGAACCAAGCUGCGCGGAGUCUUAUCCGCGGAUCGUCCGUGGAAAUUGAGUCGACGCCCUUCGGGAAUCCCGUGUUCGUCGGCUCGAUCGCGCGCGGCGUUAUCAGUAAUGUCGUCGGCGACGGGGGCUGCGUUAUCAUGACGGACGCGUACGCGUUUCCCGGUGGAGAGGGUGGUCCCGUUUACAUCAUCUCGUCGGAUGGCAAACACAGAACCAUCAGCGGAAUGGUGAUAGCGCCAUUGAGCUGGUGUCGUGGAGAAUGGGUGGACUACACUUUCGCCGCCAAUCUUGCGCCAUGUGUGCUCAACAUUUUACAGAAGAGGAAUCCUCCUCCUUCUCCAAUCAUAGAUCGCGGGUGUCAUGAAAACACAGAUGCGACAUUAGAUAAAGGCGUCGUGCUCGUUAGAUGUGGAAUUAAUUGGGGUACAGGCGUCCUCGUGCAUAAGAACACUGGCACGUUCCUGACAUGCUCGCACGUUGUCGCGGAGGCGCCAGAAAGGGAGAUAUCGAUCGUAAUGAGGCCGGACAAGCCCAAUUCACGUGUCCGGGCAAGGCUGCUGUAUAGAACGCCGGAGAAUCAACCCUAUGACGUUGCUGUAUUAAGGGUAGACCCGCAAGAAUUGGACCCCUCGUUGAGAUCCAUACGGUUGUCUCGGGCUCCGAUUUUAAAGGGCGAGCCGGUGGUCUCCGUAGGCUUUCCCUUCUCCUCGACCAUUCGGCCGACCGUCAGCGGUGGCGUGGUCGCCAAGCCGAUGGAUUGCGCACUCUUGACGACCUGUUGUGUCCAGAGCGGCACCAGCGGCGGGCCUAUCAUCAGCCGCACGACUGGUGACAUGCUGGGAAUGGUCGUGUGCAACGUGCUCUCCUCGGACGGCACCGUGCUCUACCCGCGGAUGAGCUUGGCGGUGCCGGCCGCCACGCUGAGCGGGCCCCUGCGGGAAUACUUGCGCACUGAUAAUCCCGACGUGCUCCGAGAUUUCACGUGCGACGACGCGGUAGUACGCAAGAUUUGGGACUUCUACCCUUUCCUGCCAUCUAAACUGUGAAAAGGAGGGCGUGAGAUAAGCCUCUAGAGCACAAUCGAAACCCUGGAUCCGACCAAUUAACUGCACGAAGGACUCUUUGCUAUUUAGUCCGCGCGUUUUCGUAUUGCGACUCUGUUACCGGACUGUUUGUAUUGCGGAACGUUUGUCUCUGAGUCACGCUGGACCUGCCGAUUUCAGGUUCGACGCGCUGCGAACAGAAUCUCGUUGAAUAACAUACGCCAUUGACCGAG